AGAAAAAUCUGAGCAGCAUCGUUGCUGACGCUGCAGAGGAUAACCCCAGCGCUCACGGUCUCACGUUCUACUAACCUGCUGCGCGCCGCCGCUCUAUUUGCUCCGACCGAGUGCUUGCUGGUAGGCGCUGGGCAAUGGAUUCCGGCAGCGCAGAGAUCGUCUUCGACUGCGCAUACUUCCGGCUGUACAAGGACGGCAAGGCCGAGCGUGCCGGCAUCGCGCAUGAGACCGCGCCCGCCGGUCUUGACGCUGACACCGGCGUCACCUCCAAGGACGUCGUCAUCGACGCCGCCACCGGCGUCGCCGCGCGGCUCUUCAUGCCGACCAUGCGGACAGCCACGACGACGAAGCUCCCGAUCGUCGUCUUCUUCCACGGCGGCUACUUCAUCGUCGGCUCGCCCUGGCAUCCCUUGUUCCACCGCUACGUCAACUCGCUGGUCGCCAGAGCUCGCAUCGUGGCUGUCUCUGUCCGCUACCGCUUGGCGCCCGAGCACGUGCUCCCGGCGGCCUACGACGACGCCUGGGACGCGCUCAACUGGACGGUGUCCGGCGCGGACCCGUGGUUGUCCGAACACGGCGACCUCGGGCGCGUCUUCGUGGCCGGCGUCAGCGCCGGCGCGAACAUCGCCCACAACAUGGCCAUCGCCGCGGGUGUGAAAGGCUUGCAUGCCGCGACACCGGCGCCGGCGCGAAUAGAAGGUGUAAUCCUACUCCACCCUUCAUUUGCCAGUGAACAGAAGAUGGAAGAAGAAGCAGAAGAGUUCUGGAAAGCUAACAAGAAGAGGUGGGCGGCCAUCUUCCCCGACGCGAGGGGCGGGUUGGACGACCCGAGGAUUAACCCGACGGCGGCCGGCGCGCCGAGCCUGGCGAAGCUGCCGGGCGAGAGGCUGAUGGUGUGCACGGCGUCGGAGGACACGAGGGCGCCGAGGGGACGAGCGUACUGCGAGGCCGUGAGGGCCAGCGGGUGGCGCGGGGAGGUGGAGUGGUUCGAGUCGGAAGGCGAGGGGCACGGCUUCUUCGUCCCCGACCACGGCAGCCGGGAGGCGGUUAAGCUGAUGGAUCGAGUUGUUGCUUUUCUUGCUGGCCAUUAAGGGAAUGAACUAUGAUAAUUGCUUAUAGUUAGAUGCUUAACGUGUCUAUACAAAAUUGUAAUUUUCGAUGCAAAUAAAGAUUAUAGGUGCUUAAAUAUAGGUAGAUAUCUUGUUAGUACUUAGUAAAUAUCUUAUCCUCCGUUAAGUAUAUGUGCUAGUGUGGUUGAGAAAAAUAAUAUUAGAUGUUUAUAGCUGUGUGUAAAAAAAAGAGAGAGUAUUAAGCAUCUAUAUAAAAAUUAUAAUUUACAAUAUAAAUAAAGAUUGCAUAUGUUUAUAUAUA